UUUCCCGUCGCCAUUACCGCGACGUGAUCGUCAUAGUGAGUUUUCAGCGGCAAAAAUCGUCGUUAACGACGAGAGGGAGUUUCCUGCUCCCGCCAGUUCACCACCUCGAUCCGAGCCCGUGUUUUUAACGUAUCAAUAUUUGGCGUGCCAACAUAACCGAGAAGACCGUAUUUGUUUCUUCGGGUUGGAUUUUAUAAACAUGGCUUUUUAAAAUGUCUGCCCUGAAAUCGUGCGUAGUUACUCCGAACGGAGGAGCUCACUCCCAACAAGCGAUAGUUUUUAAGUCUGGAGGACGGUAUGGAGAAAAAGGGAAACAGGAGCUUGCAGCCCUCGAGCAGGGCCCUCGCGACUGACUCCAAGAAGAAUCAAGAUGUCAGCGGCAAAGCGUGGCCCCGUAACGGGCGCAGGCGCGAGCCGACCAACGGCAGCCUGGGCGUCAAGGCGGAAUCCACACGCAAACCGCCGCCGCAGCGCCUCAGAGCCUCGGACAAGCGUCCUCGCGCCCGCGGUUAUUACAGUGGCGGCGGUGGCGGCGGAGGUUUGGACCGAAACGAGACGUCCGAGCUGAUGCAUGAACCGCUCGAAGCGGAAUUGGGUUCAGUUUUCGUACCGGGCAGCAAAAAGCAGAGUCUGAAUCACCUGCUUAACUUCAGGUACCAGAGUCCGGCCGAGAGUCGCUACGGCAGCGUCGCCAGCGAUUACGGUGGCGGCAGGCAUGCGCUUUCUAAAAAGCACAAGUACAACAAGGAGCACUUUUUGCAAGCCAAUUGUCAAUUUGUCGUCAAAAAAUCUGGAGACUACAAGCAAUACAUGAACAAUCCUGAUGCCUUAGUCGAUUGGAAUCUUAUUGAACAAGUGCACGUCCAAGUUUCUGAAUACCCGGCCUGUCCGAUUUGUUUGUUUUCGCCUGUGGCCGCUAAGAUAACACGCUGCGGCCACAUAUACUGUUGGUCAUGCAUCCUGCAUUACCUGGCGCUAACGGACAAGGCGUGGCGCAAGUGCCCCAUCUGCUACGAAUCCGUUUACAAGCAGGAUUUGAAAAGUGUCGUCGCGAUUCCACAUCAAACAUUCAACGUAAACGAGACAAUAACGUUCAAGCUAAUGAAGCGUCAACGCGGCUCCCUCAUCGCCUAUCCAGCCGAUGCCGAAGUGAAGGACGAAGGCGUUAUGUUCGACGUGUCGGACAUUGCGUCCCGCGACAUUCACUCCAAAUUGUUAAUGGCCGGACACACGGACAUCAUGUCAAUUAUAUCCCGCGAACAGCGAGAGCUCGACGAACAAUUGAACGAGGACGAGAAUGCGCCUGAACGCUGUUUCAUCGAGGAGGCGAUUCGUAUGCUCAAAGAACGCGAGGGCAGAACGUUGGAAGAUAAGGAGGAAGUUCAAGAUAUUGUCGAAGAAUCUGCAGAAAAUGACAUCGAGGAUAAAUUGGCCGAAAUCAGUCUCGACUGUGAUAAUUCCAUCAUUUCAAACGUUUCUGAAGAACAAACUGUCGCUGUAACUAGUGGACAACCUGCCAAAUUUCAUUAUUUUUAUCAAGCCUCAGAUGGUCAACAUAUCUAUUUACAUUCGAUCAACGCUCAUAUGUUGGAGCACACCUACGGCUCAUUGGAAUUCGGCCCCAAAACUAUAACUGGACGCAUCAUGGAAAAGGAGGGCGGAUCCAUGACUGAAGAACUUCGAAAGCGUCUCCGCUACCUUGCUCAUUUGCCAGUAACAUGCCAGUUCGAAGUGGCGGAAAUACAACUACGUCACCCCGUUGUUACCAAAGAAACUCUUCAACAUUUUCAAGAGCAAAUCGAUAAGCGGAAGAAGUGGCGUCAGCAACGUGCCAGGGACGAAAAGCGUCGCGAAAAGAAGAUCGCCGAGGAGGAGAACCGCAAAAUGGGCAGAUAUCCGGCGGCCAACAUCCAUCUUGAGUCGCAUAGUCAAUUUCCAGAUUUCGGUGAGUAUGAACCAACUCUCGGCAGACAAAGAUCCGAGUCCGAGAACACGCUACCGAGUGAACCUGACAGUACGUCAGAAGCGUCCUCUUCUUUGGGAAAUGUUUAUGCGGGACCAUCUUUUGCAACGAUGCUGGCGACGGAAAGGAAGAAGCCCAUUUGGCCUGGAUUGAAGAGUGCCGGUCCGGUGGAGGUGCCCAAGUUGAUAAGUGUGACGGGAAGGGAGAUGACGGCAUCGAUGGCGGCUAAAACUGGGUGUGAUGAUGGUGAACUUGAAGGUUUUGAACGGAUGGAGUCAUUGAACAGGAAUUUUGGAGAUGCGAUUGCGCAGGCUUUAAAGAAGGCCGAAGUCGUUGAUGAAGAAUCUACAACCUCCGGCAAAAAGAAGAAAAAGAAAAGUAAACAAAAGGUGCUAUUUACAACUAACGUCGCUAUAUCUGGAAAUUAAUUUAUUAAAGUUCAUAACUGAUCUUGGAUCUUUAUUUUUAGAGGUGUUUAUUUGUUUGUUGAACUUCUUUUAAUACUUACGCUAUGAGUUUAGGUAUAAUUUAUUAUGUACAUUUUUUUGGUUCAAUAAAAAUGGAAAUGUUA